CUUGUAAAGCAAUGUGAAGUAUAUAAAUGCCAAUACAAAUAAUAACUGUACCCCUGAGCCUGCUUACAGGUCUGUAUGUGGUUUCUGACUCACCCAACAUAUUUAUAGACUGUCCAUAGAUCCCCCAUUAUUGCAGGGAUACUCUUACUAUUGCUUUUAUAUACAUACUCUCUCUCUCUCUCCCUCAUUCCUAUUAGUCCUAUUAUACAUCAAGAAGUCCUCCAAACAUGAAUGCAACUCCCAUCACAGGCUGACGGCCAUGAGACUUGUAGUGCCCAUGUAUGGCCCGGUUUUGGCACUCCUGGGACCCGCAUCCCACGCCUGUCCUCCCAGUAAUGCAGACUAUGCGGCACUGCGCAUGCGGUUCCUUUAAGAGGCGGCGUGCGCGCUCCCGCUCCUCCUCGUUGUUCUCGCCAUGAUCUGCCUGGUGCUCACCAUCUUCGCUCACAUCUUCCCGACAGGUGAGACCCCGCAGGGUACCAUGGGAGCGGGCUCAGAGGGACCCCCGCAACAGGGAAACACGGGGUGCAACACUGAGGGGACCCCCACUCAUACAGUGAGCAUUUAAAGGGAUACACACCCAGUCUCCGGGGCGGGGAGUGUCUGCCUCUCGGUAUUCAGCCGGGGGGACUAUGGAAAUAGAGCAAAUAACCUGCAGGAUAUUGGGGUACACGCUGGGGGGGAUAGCACCUAAAUGGCAUUUACUCAUACUCCGCCUGGUCGAUAUGCUGGAGCCCCUCACUCAUUCUCAGUAUUUCUAUAUAGUGGGACCCUCACUCAUUCUCAGUAUUUCUAUAUAGUGGGACCCUCACUCAUUCUCAGUAUUUCUAUAUAGUGGGACCCUCACUCAUUCUCAGUAUUUCUAUAUAGUGGGACCCUCACUCAUUCUCAGUAUUUCUAUAUAGUGGGACCCUCACUCAUUCUCAGUAUUUCUAUAUAGUGGGACCCUCACUCGUUCUCAGUAUUUCUAUAUAGUGGGACCCUCACUCGUUCUCAGUAUUUCUAUAUAGUGGGACCCUCACUCAUUCUCAGUAUUUCUAUAUAGUGGGACCCUCACUCAUUCUCAGUAUUUCUAUAUAGUGGGACUCUCACUCAUUCUCAGUAUUUGUUUAUAGUGGGACCCUCACUCAUUCUCAGUAUCUAUUUAUAGUGGGACCCUCACUCAUUCUCAGUUUUAAUUUAUAGUGGGUCCCUCACUCAUUCUCAGUAUCAAUUUAUAGUGGGACCCUCACUCAUUCUCAGUAUCAAUUUAUAGUGGGUCCCACACUCAUUCUCAGUAUCAAUUUAUAGUGGGACCCUCACUCAUUCUCAGUAUUUCUAUAUAGUGGGACCCUCACUCAUUCUCAGUAUUUCUAUAUAGUGGGACCCUCACUCAUUCUCAGUAUUUCUAUAUAGUGGGACCCUCACUCAUUCUCAGUAUUUCUAUAUAGUGGGACCCUCACUCAUUCUCAGUAUUUCUAUAUAGUGGGACCCUCACUCAUUCUCAGUAUUUCUAUAUAGUGGGACUCUCACUCAUUCUCAGUAUCUAUUUAUAGUGGGACCCUCACUCAUUCUCAGUAUCUAUAGUGGGUCCCUCACUCAUUCUCAGUAUCUAUUUAUAGUGGGACCCUCACUCAUUCUCAGUAUCUAUUUAUAGUGGGACCCUCACUCAUUCUCAGUAUUUAUUUGUAGUGAGACCCCUCACUCAUGCUCACCUUGUUUAGCUUUCCUGGAGUCCCUCACAGAUAUUUUACAUUCCCCCUAACUCAUUCUCUGCUUCUGUGAGGUAUCCAGGUCCCCUAACUCAUUCCCAUCUUGGUAUCAUUGUAUCCAAUACAUUUUCCCAGCUUGGUCAGUCAGCCAGAGAUAAGGGGCCCACAGGCAACCCUGACCUUCGCUACUUCCAAUCCAUCUGAAAUGAACCAGAUGGCAUAGGAUGACCGAGGCCUAGUCAGUCAGUCUUGCUGCUUGGCCUGAAAUCCAAUUCUGAUAUGUUCCUACAUCGGCUGCAAUAUCUUCCCAGAAUAUUGGUCACUAUUCGGAGAUAGAUAGCCCAGCUCCAUAUUAACGGCCAUACAUUGUCACUGUCCAUAUCUGUGACAGUGUCGUGUAUUUGUAAAGUGUGCAUUAUGUUACAAUGCUUUUUCAAAAUCUACUUACACACCCUGCAUCUACUGUCACCCUCUCUUUCCAGCAUGGACCGGGAUAAAUGAGCGCACUUUCCUGGCCAUAAAGCCUGAUGGGUGCCAGCGGCGCCUCGUUGGCGAGAUCAUCCGACGCUUUGAGCGGAAGGGGUUCCACUUGGUUGCGAUGAAGAUGAUGCAGGUUGGUGUACAUGUAACAGAUCACAAACACUGACCCUUAAUUCACUAAUGUCAUGUUUACUAAUAACAGGUGGUUUUAUGAUGCUAUAACUUGACGGGGAACUGUCACUUGUGUGCUAGUUACGCCAAUAAAACAUUAAAAAUAACAAGUGACUGUCCCCACUUAAGGAGGACCCCCUUGGUAUCAGAACUGCAACCCUGAAUCUUCUAACAUGCUUCCCCAAACUCCGGCCCUCCAGAUGUUGCAGAACUUCAACUCCCAUGAUUCUAUGAAUGAAAUAGGCUGAGAAUCAUGGGAGUUGUAGUUCAGCAACAUCUGGAGGGCCCGAGUUUGGGGAAGCCUGUUCUAGAACCUCAUGCAAGAAAUCCUCAAAAACAAUGUUACGAUAAAUGUUUUCUGGAAAAAAUGUAAAUAUCUCUGGCACCGUAUCAUCACUCCCUUGUCAUAUUUCCAAAGACAACUCUCCUGAGUGGUUUGUCCUUCACGUGCAUGGGAUGCAAAGUAAGACAAUUUUCAGGAGUUUCGAACUUACUUGGAAUAAAAUGUCGAAACCCUUGUGUAAGUAAAUGGAAGUUUUAAUCACACGGUCAGAGUCUAGGACUGUGAUGGCUGCCAUUGGUUUCCAUGACGAUCUGCAGCAGAAUCAUUAUGGUAUAAUAUCAGGUUUAUCGACUGAAGUGUGAAUUCACAUUCAAUUUCCAACAGUGUUUUUGAUUAACCCUGAUAUACACAUUUGCUCGAGGUCUGUUUGGCUGACUGUAUGAAUGGGACAAAAAUAGAUGGUGUCAUGUAAUGCAUUGCUGGGCCCCUUAAAUACUAAUUCUGACACUGCGGAUGCCAUGCAGUGUAAGAGAAUAGCUUAAAAUGCAGAUUAUAUAGCAUUGCAACUAAAACCGAAACAUCUGCCUGCUCAAUUAGCCUAUCUGGUCAUUUAUAUCUAAACUCUUCUUUUUUUGCAAUCAAGUGAACAGGGCAGACCUACAAGAAGCAUUGAGUAAAUACACCAUUUGCAACUUCCCUGAAUUUGUAGCAGAAAAAUAACUUGUUUAUACAAGGAAAGCAAAACUAUAUUUGUAAUGCUUCAACCUAUACCACAGCGCAGUACAACAUCAAAUAACUUUCUUACAAGUUUAUAUUGAUAUGCUGUUCGUCCUCCAACUUAAAUCGUACCAGUGUAGCUGCAUAUUUCUACUGCAUUGUGUAAAAUAAUGUGGUUGUUUUUUUGUUAAUUUUUUUAAAUCUUUUUUUUUGGGGGGGAGGGUGGGAUAAAUUUCUUAAAGGAACACUAUAGGGUCAGGAAACACAAACAUGUAUUCCUGACCGUAUAGUGUUAAAACCACCAUCUGGCCCUGUCUUGCCUCCCUAAAUAUAGUGAAAUCUUACUUGUAUUAAAGUCUGCAGCUGCUGCCUUUGCCCCUGUCUGCCACAGACCUGCCUGUUGUCUGCUGACAUCGUCAGAAGUGGUGGUCUGAGCCAAUCACAAUGUUUCCCCAUAGGAUUGGCUGAGACUGUCAAAGAGGCAGAUCAGGGGCAGAGCCAGCAUGAUUCAAUCAACAUCUCCUCAUAGAGAUGAAUUGAAUCAAUGCAUCUCAAUUUGGAAAGUUCAGUGUAUGCAGAGAGAGGGUGGAGACACUGAAUGGCAGUGCUUCUUACUUUGCAGCACUGCCCAAAGAAGCAACUUUAGCAGCCAUCUCAGGAGUGGCAGGUGGAGUUAUCCCUAGGUUGUAAUGUAAACACUGCAGUUUCUCUGGAAAGACAGUGUUUACAGCAAAAAGCCUGAAGGUAAUGAUUCUACUCACCAGAACAAAUGCAAUAAGCUGUAGUUGUUCUGGUGACUGUAGUGUCCCUUUAAAUUGGAAGAAAUUCAUGGGUACUUCACUUUAAAUUUCCAAGUGUUUUUAACCAGAUUGUUAAUCACCUGGAUGUACAGUAGGGACAUUUUUAAACACCCAUAAGGCAUGAGAAAUUUAGAUUAAUCUGCGGUUGAGUGUUCCUGGACAAGCUGUUGCUUUGUCCCUUUAGCUGAAGUAGAAAUCUCUUUUAAGUUUUAUUUUAUUUAUUUAUUACUGCUUUUUAUAAAGCGCCAACAGAUUCCGCAGCGCUGUACAAUUAGUGGAGAACGUACAAUAUACAGAUUGUGUUCCAUUUGUUGUUGUGUCUGUGCAGGCCACCUGACUGUUUUAGUGGCGGCUAUCUACACAAUAUUUUUGGCUUUGUGUACUGAUAUAGCUGUCUGUUUACAGGCUUCCGAGACACUGUUGAAGGAACAUUAUUUAGCUCUGCGGGACAAACCGUUCUAUGGCCGCCUGGUGAAGUAUAUGAGUUCUGGACCGGUUGUUGCUAUGGUAAGUAACUGCAGCAUUUACUAUGACAGUCAUCCAUAGGGACACAAUAAUAAUAAUAAUAAGCGGUACAGGAUGUUAUUAUUAUUAUUUAUUAUUAUUAUUAUUAGAAUUUUAUACAUGUGGUUUUAUUAUUAUAUAGCACUCACAUAUUCCGCAGCGCUUUUCAAUUCUUGAAUGGAAAUUAUUGAUUAUAGCAAAUAUUAACUGAGACAAAAGCUGAAGACGACGCAGCUCAAACAUGCUUACAAUGUAUAAGGAAGGAGUAAAGAUGACGAGAGAAAUAACAGCGUGUCAGAGGGGAGGCGUGUCAGAGGGACUGAUAGAUAAGACGCCUGUGUCGAAAUAUCCUAGUAACAGGGAUGAUUGGAAUGAGGAAGAGUGAGCUGGGUAAUUUUAAUAAGAGGAGUGUCACUCAGGUAAAUGGUAUUAUUUCCUAAAGAGGUUUGUGUUUUUAGUGAUCUGUUAACGGGCUGGAGGCUGGGGGAUAGUCUGAUGGCAUGUUGUAAGGAGUUCCAUUACAACAGGCCAACCUUGACAAAUACUGCACAUGAGAGUUGGCAGGUCGGGAACAAGCAGAUGUGAUUGUGUUUAAAGUUAGGCCCUCCAGGAUAAGAUGCAUGCCGAAAUAAAAAAAUAAAGUUUACUCCUGCCUAUAAAAGUCCACUAGAUGGUGCUACUGCAGGUCAGAAUGGUCAGUAACUUCUCUACCCAAGUAUUGCAUCAUACAAAACACAUGAUUGCUAAACCGGCUGUAUUAAAGGGAUUCUAUAGUGUUAGGAAUACAAACACUAUAGUGCCCUCUGGUGCCCCCUCCCUGGUAAGGCAGAGCAUUUUAAAAAUGUAUUUAAUUUUAGUCUAUGCUACAUUUUAAGAAUAGAACGGUUUUACAAAUGUUGCUAUUUAUGCAGCACAUUACAUGGUUUGUUACAAUUUUUGUGAUAAUUUAUUCCACAGGUUUGGCAGGGUUUGAAUGUGGUGAAGACUGCCCGUGUUAUGUUAGGGGAGACUAAUCCUGCAGAUUCCUUACCAGGAACUAUCAGAGGGGAUUUCUGUGUGGACAUCAGCAGGUAAGAAACACAUUUUAUUAUUAUUAUUAUUAUUAUUAUUAUGUUAUUUUUAUAGCGCCAACAAAUUCCGCAGCGCUUUACAGUGGGUGAACGAACAAACAUGUAGUUAAAGGGAAACUCUGUUAAAUCCCAAAAUGCGUUGUGGUUUUGUUUUUGCGAUUUAGGUAAAUGUAUAGAACUCGAGCUAAAUAUACGCAUUUACUAAAAUUUGCUUUAACAGGUUCUGGUGCUUAUGAAAAUCCACCACUUCGGCAAUAACUUAAUUUUUAUAGUUGAUCAAUCAAUGAGGAAAAAAAUAUAGAAUAAUAAAAAAUGUAAAAAUUUUUUAUAUAUAUAAAAAAAAAAAAUUACAAAUCAUAUAUUAUUAGGGCUCUAUUAGAUCAAGUGCUGUGGAGCCGUUUUAACUCCCUCAGCCAUGAUCAGAGAGGGUUUUCCUAUGUCUGCAUGUCCCAAACCCUCCCCUUUAAUUGCAAGAUUUAAACUAAAAGCUGUGAUUAUAGCUGUUGCAAAAAAAAAAAAAAUUCCAGAUCUUUAAUUCUGGUUUCAGUUCACUAUAAUUUGUACAAUUUAAUAUUUAAGCAAUUUCAUGAAUACAGAGUCCCUAAAAUUGUUAGGAAUAAUUUUGUCUGAGUUUUCAAUAUUGGCAGCCUCUAAUAAAAAACCCUCUUGGUGAGUUAAAGGAACGCUCCGACAACCAUAACCACUACAGCGUGCUGUUUUAGAGCAGUUUGACUUUUUCUUUGGGGUCUGCCAGGUGCCACUCCUUGCAUCCACUACCAUCGGCCCGGCCGUGUUGUCUCUCCUGAGCUGGGCCCUGGAAAGCAGAGCUUAACUCAUUGGCUGAGCGUGUCUAAUGAUCAGUCAGUUAGUUAAGCCUUGUACUGUAGGAAGUUUCUACCUAUAAACUUUCAGCAGAGAGUGGUGCUCUGAAACUAUUUUCAGAUCUGUAUUUCACCUUUUCUUAAUUUGAUACGAAUAGGACAGACGAUGGAGUGCUUUACACACGACACACUUUACAGCAUUAUUUCCUCUGUCUUCAUGUCCAGGAAAGCCUUGUGAAAAAUACUCUUAGCAUUAAUGUUACUUCUUAAAUAUUUCAUGUUUAUUUCUUAUUAUAAAGAUGGUACAUUUUCCUGUAAAAAUAAAUAAAUAAUGACUUUGUUACGUGUCUAGCUUACAGGUAUAAAGAAAUCUAACUAUAUUCAGGUUCACGUUCCCCUUAUACCUUAUCACCUGAUUUAUAACUGAUCCCUGUUUCUCUUUCCUCCAGAAACGUGAUCCACGGCAGCGACUCGUUUGAGAGUGCCCAGCGUGAAAUCUCUCUGUGGUUCCAGCCGGAGGAGUUAGUCUGCUGGCAAGGCGCCUCUGAAAGCUGGAUCUACGAGUAAAUGAAGCACUCUUGGGAACAUUUUAAGGAAGGGGUUGGGGGUAGGGCUUUCUAGAAAAGGGCAUCAUUAUGGUAGAGCUGUUUGUUUAAACUGCAGCAAAUUUUGAGGCUAUUAGUUGUGGGCUUGAGAAGGCAGUCUUUGGCUGUAAAUUAUGUGGGGGUUCAAAAAAAAUAAAUUAUUCCGUCCUACAAAAGCAUUAAUUUACUGUAUCCAAAGCCAGACCUCCUGUGGCAGUGAUGGACAUCCAUGACACUAAAUUCUGGCUAAGCAUUAUGGGAAGUGUAGUUCAGACAUAUUUGCAAGGUUAACCGUCAUAGGUUUGUGCUAAUUAGCAUCACUGUACCUCUGUUUACCAAUUAGCACUUUUUUAAUUCAAAUACAGGGGGCAGUGGUACCUGUUCUAGAUCACAUGAAUGAUUUAUGUAAUUUGCAGAUUGGAAUGUUCUCACUCUAAAGAUGUAAGUAUAGUGAUGUAUUUAUGGCAAUAUUGUUUCUCAGGCAGCGAGCGCUUUAUUCCCUCCUCAUAAGAAAGCAUUGACUCAAUGCAUUAAUGCUUUCCUAUGGGGAUUCCACUGCCGCUGGAUGUUCGCAUGCAGAGCGUGAGGACGUCCAGCAUCAUUUAGGCAACAUAUAGUUCGGUAAAAUCCACGAGAGGCUGUCUUAGUGCUGCAAUGUAAAUGUAGUUUCUCUAACACCGCAAUGAUUUACAUUGCAGGACUAAGUGUGACAGGGACACUGCUCCCGGACCACAUCAAUGAGCUGCAGUGCCUGUAGUGUCCCUUUAACCCGUUCUGUCAAGGGGGAUUUCAUGCGCGCCAUCUUUAAAUGCUGAGUUAUAUACAUGAAUGGCAAAACAUUUGCAUCAGGGUUUCAUGUAAGUCUUACGAGAAAAUGGAGAGAGAGCUUGAAAGAGUUAAUAAUUUAGUGCACUAACUUAACCAGAAAAAAAUGGAAGAACCACUAAUUUUAUUUUAUAUAUUUUUUUUUUUUUUCUAAGCCUCAGGGUUAGAUGGAUCUAGUUACAGUUCAAUAAAUCAUGAGAUCCGUGAUUGUAUACGCUCCUCUGUAUCUAACGAGGCAUCAAACAUCUUGGAAGUGAAGAGAACUGCAAGUUAAAGACCAAGGUAGCCAAACUGGAAGAAAUUCUCCCAAUUUUACAGUUUCCUUGUCAGUUCUCUUCCUGGUUUACGAUAAAGCUGGAAUAUUGCAAGUUGUAGGGAAACAUUCUCCAACUAGCUCGGCUAGUAUGGCCUUAAUAUAAGUUGUCUAAUGCAGUAUUAUCUAUAUACAUUUAUAGUAUGUGUCUGUGCAAAGCUGGAAAGGUAUUGAGAUUUGCCAACUGAGGUCAGGAGAACAGAGUUACUGACAGACUGAGGAGUUUAUCUAGUAAACAGCGAGUUUUACUUUUAAGAAUUUCUUCUAAAAACAUUGGAUGACAUGUUAACGCAAACACCCACAGAGAAUAUGAAUGUAACACCCAGCUUUGCACGUUCUAGCUUCAGAUCUGACAUGCAUUUAGUAGUUAAUGGGAUAAAAAACAGGAAUUUGUUACCUGGGCAGCGAAGAAAAUAACUUUUGUAUUUUUUAUUUUUCUUUUGUAAUAAAAAUAAUUGCGGAGUAACUCUUUCCAUGCUUGAUUUUUCUGUCGGUGACUGUAUGGAUCUGUGUAAAUGGC